AUGGAUGUCUCUUGUCCAACCUCUCCUAUUGACGACGACGAGCAUUUUGAAUUUGUCGACUAUACAGCAGCUUCACAAUGGGAACGUUUUAUAACAACUGUUGAAGAAAUAUUAGUGGGUUGGGGAGUAACAGACGGCCAACUUGGAAUAUUUGACGAAUCAAGCUUAACACCUUUUAGUCAUAAAACUUAUGCUAAGACAGUUGGAGGUAUCGAUCCUUUUGUGAAACGAGAAAUAAUUAUUCUUGAGGAUAAAUCUUAUACUUUAUCUUAUCAUUAUCAUCCAAUAAAACGCUGGAAUGAAUUGGAUAUAAAUAAUUCAUCCUCUGUAAGCAGUGCUCCUUCACAACAUUUUCCUCCUCCACCUACGACAACACUUUUUCCACCAAAUCCUGAUCCAUUUUCACCUAGUUCUGAAUUCCUUCCACAUUCCCUUCCGAAUACUUCACAUGACUUACCAUCAGUAAAUUUAAAUUCAAUUCAUCGAUGGACUGGUCUUACUCAUAUUUUAGUUUUGACUCUGACCGAUAUUUUUUCUUCUGGAUCCGCCCCGAAAUCUAGUACAAUUGAUCUUAGUACUACAAAACUUCUUCUUUCAUCUUUUGCCAUUGUAUUUCAUAAUACAAAAUGCAAACUCCCUGUUUUUGUUCCAACUGGUCAGAUUACAAAUUUAUUAUAUGCCGGUUAUAUGUGUUUGUUUAACAAAGAUGGAUCCAAAAAUGUGGAUGAUGCUAGUGAGGUAGAAAUAAGAUUUAAUACCACCUACAUUCGGGAGAUUCCACCUUGUUAUUCACAUUUAACAGGUUUAACAGAUCUCUUUAUUGAAAAAAUGGAUUUGAAUCAAUUACCUUUCGAUCAAGUUGAUGAACCUAAAUUAGACAAGAUGCCACAUCUGGGAAUUUCCGUUGCUGGUUUAUUCACUUAUGAGUUACAAAAUUGGGAUGACCAAGAUUGGAAAAAUCUUGAUUAUGACGAUAUUCAACCUACUUCCUUUAAUAAUUCGAAUGGAAAGGAUACUUCAUUUGAGGAUGAUUUGUUUGAAGGAUUUGAAGGGCAAAAUGACAGUAUGUUUGGUAAUGGAGAUAAAAAGGAUACAUCAACAUCUACGAAUGAAUUUGUUUCUCCGGUUGUUUCAACAACAAAUUUACCCUUUGGACCAAUUAAUGAUCCACUUGAGUCAAUGUCUCUUACCGCAUUUUUUCCUUCUGCGCCAUGUAAUACAUAUUUAGACAACGAUGUUUAUUCUGAAAUGGAUGCCAUGGGUGCUUCUAUUUGGUUGUUGAAGUGUAAAUUUUAUCAAGAAAAUAAUUUAUAUAGCUUAUUAUCUAGUCUUAUAGAUAAUAUAAUUUCUUCUUGGAUAAUUGACAGCGGUAAUAAACUUUCAGAAACUUCAAACACUGGCAAUCGUAACAGAGAAUUAAGAAAUAUACCUAGUCACGAUUUGCCAGGUAGCUUCAAUGAUUAUGAUCUGUUUGAUACAGCUCGAUAUGUUCGACAACCUACUGGUAUAAUUGUUGAUAUGGAUGAUGCGGAUAUUGAUAAUAUAUUGCGGGCACUAUUUAAUGUUUCACGAAAAAAAAGACCAACACCAAAUUAUAAUUAUGAAGGAAUCAAUACUUCAAGUGAUAUUACUCUAAUUUCUGCAGCAACAUUAGGUCUUCAUUUUAAUCACGCAAGAAUUGUGCCAUACAAGUCUUUCAUGUGGAAUCUCCUUGAAUAUUUAUUAGAGACAGUCUCCAGAACAUCAAAUUUCAGAAGUUAUUCGCUUUUAGGAUCAUUGAAAAUAGUUUGGAACGAAGUGCUUAAGCGUAUUAGGUGGCAUUGGGAGAGGCAUGAACCUAUACCCGAUAUUAGCAUAUAUAACUGGUCUGAUAAUCCCAAUUCAUCGCUUUUUAGUAGUGAUAAAAAUGCUUCAACUAUCGAAAAUAAAAAUGGGGCAUCAUUUAAUAAAAAUGAUAAUACUACUAUUGGAAUUGAUAUGCGGUUCAACCUUGUUCAUCAAAAACUGAGCAUGAUUAAUUGUUGUAUCGAACGUCUACGGAAAUCUAAUAAAAUUAAUUCAACAUUAUCUACAAGUUUUAAUUCAUCUAAAGAACAAUUGCCCGAAAGUAACUCUUUUGAGUCUUCAGGGUCUGGUUCUAUAAAGCCCGAUAAAUCUUUUGGCUUGGAUCCAAAAAUGACAAACUCGGAUAAUUUUCUGGUUCGACUUUUUGAUCGUAUUACGGAGGAUGAUGAAAUUAAUAUAGAUCCUUCGGCGUCAUUGGUAUUUGUAAGACCUGAGAAUUCAAAUGGUGCUACUCAUGCUGAUAUAAGCACAACUACUGCUACUAAUGGAGGAAAAUAUUCGAAUCAUGUUCAUUCUCCCAGCUUAGAUUUUGAAACAUUGCCUCCAGAUUAUGAUGGUUCUUCGGAAGACGAUUUCGUUGAUCCAAUAAAUGAGAUUCCAGCUGUUCCUCUACGAAUUCCUAAGAGUUCGAAACAUCAUAAAUUUAAUUCACGACGGUCAUCAUCAAUUUCUCAGGGUCAAUCCUAUUCAUCCACUCCACCAUCUUUUUCUGAUCAAUCAGAUCCAAAUCAAAAUUCGUCAUUGACAGAAUCUUACGUAAAACUUGACUAUUCAGCCAGUAUGGAGUCAAAUAAAGGAUUUGAUAAGGAAAAGCUUACGGUAAAUGAAGAUGAAGUUCACAGGGAGGUAAAUGAUGAAAAUAAAAGAGAAGGCCAUUUACAUCCGUUCAAUGAUCUCACCUUGUUGGCAACUGGUGAGCCUCUUUGGGUACCAGAAACUCAGGAAGUUGGUUUAAUGACUGAAGAUAUGCUACGUGAACAAGAAGAGAUAUUUGAAAAAUUGGGCACGUCAGAAGAUGCGACUAAAGUACGAGCCCAAAUGCAAUCUGCACAUUUGUUUUCUGACAUGCAGGCUUUCAAAGCAGCUAACCCACAUGCCAUCUUGGAAGAUUUUGUUCGAUGGCAUUCACCGCGCGAUUGGAUCCCCAAUGACAAUGACCCAAACAAGGGAACUCUUAGCCAACGAAUGUUGGAGAAAGGCAAUUUAUGGCAAGAAUUGUGGAAGACUGCUCAACGAAUACCCGCAGUUCGUCAAACUCCGUUGUUCAAAUGUUCUCUGGAAGCAGAAAAGGCACUUCAUUAUUUGGAACAUUUAUCCGUGAAAGAUUUAUUUAAAAUGCUCUUGCCUACAAUAUUUCUUAUCGUAUAUGAUACAUUAGUAUCUCAUCCUGCCUCCAAAAAUAUCAAACAAGUGGCUUCCGGUUUGGAAACAUUAACAAAAGAACUGAUUAAAUUCCCAUGGAAUGAUAUAAGUUCAGAGAAUAUCUCGUACGAUGAGAUAAUUCAGCUAAUCCGACAAAAUGAAUUGUUAAUGGGUAGAGCAAUUUCACUUUUACGAAAGUUGCCAAAACAAUAUUCUCUUGUUGAAAAACUUUUGGACAUACCGGAAAGUCAAGUUUCCGAUGGGAAAGAACGAGAAUGUGUAUACGAAUUGUUUUCUUCUGUUGCACCACUUAACGAUUCAUUUCCACCGCCGACGACGCGAGAAUUUGUCUUGCAGGCAACAUGUCUUAGGCCAACGCCAGUACCAGUAAGAAUGUAUGUGCUUUUAAAUAGUAAUGAGAUGAGAAUUGUUGAUAUGGUGGGAAAAGAUACUAUAUUCAUGUAG